AGUGUAUAAAACGACAAGAAAAACAGACAUAAAUGUCAACGUUGCAUGUCAAGAUGUAAUUAUUUGGGGGAUUUAUUGUUUCUGUUUGGCGAAAUACAGAGCGAUGUAAUUCCCUCAGUCGUUUUGUCUUUCUUUUACACUUGACGCCAUUUCGUCGAUUUAAAAAGAUGUCACGGAUUUUCACGUCCUUCAGAUUUGUGUUUCAUGAAUCCUGGCCGCUCGCGUUGAGGAAUGGUAGCUGUCCCAGUAGGUCUCCCCUUCUCAGAGCGCCCCCUGCUGGACUGACCUAUGUUUGUGCGGCCGGUAAAAAGGACUUGUUGGACCUUCCUGUCCUAAAUGAGGACGAGUUCGAGGAGCAGUUUGUGAGAGGAUCUGGACCUGGGGGUCAGGCCACCAACAAAACCAGCAACUGUGUGGUGCUCAAGCACAUCCCCACUGGGAUAGUAGUGAAGUGCCAUCAAACCAGAUCUGUGGAGAUAAAUCGAAAGCGUGCCCGAGAAAUUAUGAGAGAGAAACUUGAUGUUGCAGAUAAAGGAGAACUCAGUGAAGUUCUCUUAAAGAAGAAGGAGUCUGUGCUGAGGAAACAAGAUAAGAAGAAGAAAGCACACGAGAAUCUGGAGAGAAAGAAACAGUUUAAAGAAGCAUUGGUUGCAGACUCCAGACAUGGGAAUGACACCGUUUAAUAUGUUUAAAUAUAGAAAUGUCAUGUACUUUAUGUUUGUUAAAGAUAGAGUAACAUAA